CCUCGAACGCAUGUCAGUGGUGGGUACCGAAUAUUCUCUGAGAGGCAAUUUUAGAUCUGGUAUAUGUACGAUGUAGCCAGUAUUGGUCGGGAUCCAAGGUUGUCCAAGUUGCUCGACGAUUCCUCAUCAAGAUGGGCUCAAUACGAUCACAACACUCUCUCAGAAUAGGGGUCGAUGUCGGAGGCACCAACACUGAUGCGGUGAUUCUUGAUCUCGAUGCUGUGGAUCAGCCUAACCGAGGGGUGCUCGCCUUUCACAAGACCCCAACGACGAGUCCCAAUGUGACCGACGGGAUCGAGACUGCGGUGGGCAAAGUACUGAGUCAAAUUGGCAACGGCGUGUCCAACGUCUCGUGCCUCAUCAUUGGGACGACCCAUUUCCUCAACGCAGUCAUCGAGCGGGACUCUCGACGUCUUUCCAAAGUUGGGGUGAUUCGGCUGUCCAAGAGCUUCACCAGGGACAUUCCACCUUUUUCAGAUGUACCAGAGGAUCUAACUCAGUUGCUGAACGGCUACUGCGGUUAUAUUGAUGGAGGUCUGCAUAUCGAUGGCUCGGAAGAAGCGCCCAUUCAGAAGGACCAGGUGCUUAAAGAAUGUGAUGCAAUCGAAAAACUGGGUCUCAAAGCUGUUGUGAUUUCUGGAGUGUUCUCUCCUAUCGACAAACAUUUCGAGCAGGAGAUUCUUGUUCGUAAGAUCAUGCAAGAGCGAUUGCCACACGUGGAUAUUGUCUGCUCUUCUGAAGUGUCCAACAUUGGUCUCUUGGAAAGAGAAAAUGCAUCAAUUCUCAAUGCAUCCAUUCUCUCCUUCGCCAGACGUACAAUCCACGGCUUUCGCGCGGCUAUGAAGAGACUGGGACUCUCAUGCCCACUCUUUAUUUCUCAAAAUGACGGUACAGUGAUCGACUCAGUCUCCGCAGCGUCUUUGCCCAUCAAGACUUUCUCAUCCGGACCGACCAAUUCCAUGCGCGGUGCUGCAUAUCUUGGACUUGGCUAUGGGCGCAAAAACGAGGAACGCGUGUCAACGAUUGUCAUUGACGUGGGCGGCACCACCACUGACUGUGGUGUUCUGCUCCCAUCCGGCUUUCCGAGAGCAGCCAGUGCGUAUGUGGAUGUUGCAGGGGUGACAAUGAACUUCCCUAUGCCUCAUCUCGCUUCAAUUGGUUUGGGAGGUGGUUCCAUCGUUCGACGGCACGGCUCUGAUGUGUCAGUUGGUCCAGAUUCCGUUGGAUACCAGCUCACCUCGCGAGCGAGGGUGUUUGGUGGCGACGAACUCACAACCACGGAUAUUGCGGUCGCUGCAGGUCAAGACAUCGGUGACUCUUCGCGAGUCAAGGAUCUCGACACUGAUCUCAUUCGACGAACUCAACUGAAGAUCAAGCGGAUGCUAGAGAACGUCAUUGACCGUCUAAAAUUGACGCCAGCGCCGUUGCCUGUUCUAUUGGUUGGAGGAGGUUCCAUUGUCUGUCCUCUCGAGUUGGAGGGUGUGUCAGAAGUCAUUGUCCCAAAGUUCCACGCUGUGGCCAAUGCCGUCGGCGCAGCAAUUGCGAGAGUCUGUGGAACUGUCGACACCAUUUAUGUCACACAAGAUAUGACUUUGUCCGAGGCCCUAGAACAUGCUAAAGAACAGGCAAUCGCCAAAGCCGUCGAUGCUGGCGCGGAUGCUGAUACGGUCACGGUCGUCGAUGUUGAGACAUUACCAAUUCCCUAUGUAGCCGGACAAAUUCGAGUAAUCGUUAAGGCCGUCGGCGAUCUCUCAAUCGACUAUAUCUCAAGCAGCAAAAAUCUUGCCGAUGCAGAGGAAGAAAGUAUGUGGGACGACAGGGACAACUCAGCCAAACCAGAAUCAGUUUCGGCGCCAAAGAGCCUCGAACGGUUCAAUUUCGACACAUAUCGGCCACAGAUUGUAAACAACGCAGCCUUGGGCAGAAAUGAAUGGGUUGUCUCCGAAACCGACAUCCAAUGGAUACGAGACGGUUGCUAUAUUCUAGGUUGCGCUGGAGGGGGUUCACCGAAAGCUGAAUACCUGAAGCUUCGCGACCAGAUCCGGAAUGGGCGCACCGUCAGGGUUAUUGACAGUUCUUCUCUUCCCGAAACAGCCCUCAUAUACUGGGCUGGGAUGAUGGGAUCACCUGCAGUCUCGAUAGAGAGACUCAAUUCUUCCGAAUGUCUCCAUGCUGUGGCAGAUUUGAUGGAAUACCUCGGCCACGAGUCCUUCGAUGCGAUCAUGGGUCUUGAAAUUGGUGGCGCGAAUGGACUAGAGCCUCUGCUUAUCGGAUCCUCCCAGGGAUUUGAUCGACCUGUCAUUGAUGGGGAUUGGAUGGGACGAGCAUAUCCAACUUACUGGCAGACCACGUUGGCGGUGUAUGAGCCUGGACAGCUUACACCAUGUGCCAUCGCAUCUGGAGACGGCAAGUCGAUCGUCAUGAUCAAAUCACCCAACGAUGAGAUUGUGGACCGGGCCUUGCGUGCAUCCUGCUCAGAAAUGGGUUCCCGGGUCGGCAUGGCUGCGAAACCAACGACGACAAAACGGGUGAGAGAAUAUGGCGUGCUGAAUACGGUGUCCUUGGCCUGGAGAAUAGGCCGGUCAGUGGCACGGGCACAACAAGAGAGUACCAUCCACACGGUGGCGGAACAGAUUAUUGAUGCCGUAGGUGGCCCCACAACGGCGAAGAUUCUGUUCCGAGGAAAGAUUGUAGCAGUCGAACGAAGACUGUUCAAGGGACAUUCAUAUGGUGAGAUCACCAUCAAACAGGUGCAAGCCGAUGAAGAAGAGAAUCGACAUGAGGUAGCGGCAGUUGCUGAAGGUGGAGUGUUGAAAAUCCCGUUCAAGAACGAGAACAUCUAUGCCAAACAUGUGGCCGAGGACGGAUCCGAAUCAUACAUUGCCACUGUGCCUGACCUUAUAUCUGUUCUGGAUACGCAGUCAGGUCUGGCUCUGGGUGUGCCAGAGUAUCGAUACGGAUUGAUGGUGACUGUAUUGGCCAUUGCAUGCUCGCCACGCUGGACAGACACACCAAGAGGCCUGGAAUAUGGUGGACCUAAGGCAUUUGGAUACGAUAUUGAGUACCGACCGGUUGGGACAUAUGUCGAGCCCAAGAGUGUGAUUGCAGAGUAUGCUGGUACAGCUGCUACUACUGCACCACAGUGACUGAGUGAUUCAGCAUGAGAAGAGGAUCUGGUCUGGUUAGGAAGUUGCAUGGGAGGGGUUUUGGGACGCCACCUAUAUCCAUUUUCAGGUGUACUUCUUGUAGAAUCAACAUUUGGU